AGGCUCAAACCCUCCGCUCCUUUCAGUUGCACGUGAGAGAACAUCACGAAGGCCCAGCAGACGUUGUACAGCGCACGUGCGAUGGCCCUCCCUGCAGCAGAGUGGCAGCUCGCAGGGGCAGAGCCCAAGCGGGUAGCUGCCAAGAGAGGCGCCGCCGAAGCCGCAGUCGACGGAGGCAGCGGGACGAGCAGCGGCGGAGGCGGCAGGCGCCCUCCCAAAGGUUCUGGCAAGGGAGCAGAACCGUCCGACGGCAGCUACGAGGACAGGCUGGCGGUGACGAUGAAGCUCUCGCUGCGCAACGCGCAGGACAUUCGCGAGCUCUACCACACCACCUCGGACUUCUGGCUCCUGCCAGCAUCGUCGCCCCCGUUCAUCGCGGGCAUGGAAGCCGCCAAGCAGUAUGGACAAGCAGUACGCGCAGCAGGCAAGAAACACGGUCUCGGAACCCCCCACGUCCACAUCUGCAGCGCCAUGCUCAGGGAGAUGUACGAAGCGCUGGACGGCGACACAGGGAGCACCACCGAGAAGACAGCCAAGGGCGUCAUCCGCGAGUACAUCGAGGCGACGACGGGCAAGAUUGGACCACAGAUCAUACAAGAAACAGUGCUCUCCUGGAAAGUCAACGAGGCCUACAAGCGCGACGACCUGGACGAGUCCGAGCACAAAGGCAAACUGCAGUACACGCUCAACCCGCUCCCGGCCCUCGUGCCGCACCUGAUGUCACAGGAGCCAGGCGAGGCGGUCCUGACCAUGGCGAGGGGCUACUCGCCGACGAAGCUCAAGGAGGCCUUGACGACGGCGAUCCUGGUGCUGAACGGCGUCAAGGGGCAGGGAGCGGCGCCCAAGAGUGCCCUGGAGAGGGCGGUCGAGGCGAGCCUACGCAGGCGCUGAGGUCGGGUACAGAUCACUACCGGAGCUCGACGGCACCAGCCGUCCCAACGACGGUAGGCCUCGGUACGUCCCCACCUCUGGCCUCGCCUCCGUGGCCUCCUCAGCGAGCGGAGG